UAUGUGGGUCCCACGCAAUCUUAUCCUCCUAGGUUCCAAUCACACACCUUAAAGAAACGAAAACAUUUGUUGUCUUGUUGAAAUGAAAAAGAAAGAUCUACAGUACAAUAUGAGCUUCAACUCUUCAUUUCACAGAUGCACAUUCAUCUUCUUCAUUCUCGUUAUAAGUUUAAGAUUGAGUUGCUCUUCUCAAGUUGAUGAGGUAACAAGGUUACCUAAUCAGCCCAAAGUUGGAUUCAAACAAUAUGUCGGGUAUGUUUUCCUUGAUCAUAACAGAGCCCUGUUAUACUAUUUCGUCGAAGCUCAGAUAGAUCCUGCUUCAAAACCACUCGUACUUUGGCUCAAUGGAGGUCCCGGCUGUUCAUCCAUUGGACAAGGAGCAUUUGGUGAACAUGGUCCUUUCAAGCCUACAAGGAAAGGCCAUUUGGUGAAAAACCACUAUAGUUGGAACAGAGGUAAAGUUGAAGAAGAAUGUGCAUAUGUGAAAUGAAGAGUUAUUAUCAUGAGCCAAGUUGAAGCUCAUAUUGUACCCAUAGAUCUUUCUUUUUCAUUUCAACAAGACAACAAAUGUUUUAGUUUCUUUAAGGUGUGAUUGGAACCUAGGAGUAGUUGAGAAGAGAGAAUAAAAUUGCGUGGGACCCACAUAUUAUUCUUUCUCUCCAAAGCAGCGAAGAAAUGACAUCCAGCUCAUGACUUUUGUUAUUUUUUCAUUUUUGUCCUUUCCUAACUCUGUAUGUUGCAUAGGUUUUUUUGUUGAAUAUUAAUUCAUACUAAAAGAAUAAUAUUA